AUGAAUACGCUUACAAAAUUGUUAUAUAAUUCAAUAUUAUUGCGUAAUAAAGUAAAUACUUUAUCUUCAUCACGAAAAAGAAGUAUUUCAGCAAACGAUUUGGUUAAUAUGUGCCCAACGAAUAUUCAACCUUACUUGAGGCUUAUGCGGGUCGAUAAACCAACUGGAACGUGGCUAUUAUAUUGGCCUUGCACAUGGUCAAUAGGAUUAGCUGCACAGGCGGGUUGUUUUCCCGAUCUCAAAAUGUUAGCUCUUUUUGGCGCUGGGUCAUUCUUUAUGCGCUCCUCUGCAUGCAUUAUUAAUGAUAUAUUUGAUAAAGAAUAUGACAGAAAGGUAAAGCGUACUGCUACAAGACCUCUUGCCUGUGGCGAAUUGAACGAUCAUCAAGCGAUUGUUCUUCUUGGCGGUUUACUUUCAGUUUCUUUAGCGAUUCUUUUGCAACUCAAUUGGUUCAGUGUCGCAAUUGGUGCGAGCUCUUUAAUCUUAACGAUUUUAUAUCCAUUUGCAAAGAGGUAUACAUAUUGGCCACAACUCGUCCUUGGCUUCACAUUGAAUUGGGGAGUUCUUAUUGCAUGGGCACAUCUUUGCCCAAAUACAUUUUUGGUUGUCACUCCCCUAUAUAUUGCCACUGUGCUUCAUACAUUAAUUUACGAUACUAUUUAUAUUUUGUUUUAUCUUCGUUCUAAAACAGGAUUGACGUUCAAUUGGGGUGCAAUACUCGGUUGGUGCGCGGUUCGCGAAAGUAUCCUAUUGUCAGUUGUUUUACCGCUCUAUAUAGCUUCAAUAAAUUGGACAUUAAUCUACGACACAAUUUAUGCACAUCAGGAUAAAGCAGAUGAUAUUGUGGCGGGCGUGAAGUCGACAGCUUUACUCUUUGGUGAUAGAACGAAACAUUGGUUAAGCGGUUUCGGUGCUAUCGUCAUUUCUGGAUUAGCAAUCACUGGCAAAAUGGUUAAUCAGACUUGGCCAUAUUACUUUGCACUAACUAUCACAGCAUUACAAUUGUCAUGGCAAAUUGGAUUUGUAAAUAUUAAUGAUCCGAAAGAUUGUUGGAACAAAUUUGCAUCAAAUCGCUGGUUAGGAGCGAUACUUUUCUGUGGAAUUAUUGCUGGUAAUUUACUUAAAGAAAGAGAACAGCCGAAAGAGAAUUCUGAAAUUGUUCACCGUUGCGAAUUUUCCUGA